UACAGAAAGUAUUUAGUUUAUUUUUAUACGAUAAUCAAGUAUAGUAAAUUUUUCAUAUACGCAGCAGUGCAAUAACCAAAUUUCGGCGCAGACGUAAAAGGAAUACCGAUAUUAUUUAUUACCUUUUAAUUAUAAUCAUUUGAAAAUAUUCAAUGAGCUGAAAAACAUGUCUCUGUCUACUGAUAAUGAGAUCGUUAAACAACCAAUAAAGCGCUUAGAAAUUCCAAUAAACAAAUUUAAUGAUAUUGCUAUUCCACAUCAUCUUGAUCUCCUCAGGAAGCAUAAAAAUAACAUAAAGAAAUGUCAAAGUGUUCGAGACUGGGACAAAGUGUAUAUGGAAGAAAUAAAUGCUACGAGAAUAGUCAAACAAUUAAAACAACUAAUUCACGAAAUGGAGACAUUACGAGGACAAGUGUUGGACAGCGAUAUUGCUACUUUUGAUAAAUUAACAUCAAAAUCCAGAACAAGUACCUUGGACGCUAUAAACGAAUAUUUAGAACUUGUUUUAAAUUUACCACUUAUUAACAAGCCGUUAACCAAAGAAGACGAAUCCGUGGAAAUGCCAUUUGACAAUCAUUAUCUUCAAAUGCAAGCCGAAGAAGAAGAAUUAGAGAGACAACAAGCCUGCUUGCAAGCAUGGGAUUAUUUACAAUCCGAUUUACAACAAUUGCAACAACUGUUUAUCGAUUUUAAUCAAAUAGUACACGUACAAUCUGAAUCGGUAAGCAGAAUUGAAAAUGACAUAGUGGAGACCCAAGUAAACGUUCAAGAUGGUGAAAAUUACUUGAAACAAGCAUCAAAAUACAAAAUUGUAGCAUAUCCAUUGGCUGGAGCAUUACUCGGAAGUUGUUUGGGUGGACCGGUCGGACUACUAGUAGGUUUAAAAUUUGGAGGAUUGACAGCUAUUGGUGGAGGACUUUUAGGAUUUACAGGUGGUACUAUAUUAAAAAAGAAGUGUCACACGGAUUCAGAAUUAAAGCUGAUUGCAGGUCCUUCAGUUUUGGAAAAUUCAAAAAUUUCAUCAAAAAACUCCAAUGAAAAUCAGAAUAAGAAAGAUUCAUGACCUACAGAGAAUAUUGAAGAUAAAAAAAUGAAUUUCUGCACUGUUUGUUAGGAAGUAAAAAAUAGCUAUAUUUUGUUGUUUUUCAUAUGUUGUAAUUACGUAGGUCUAUAAUGUAAUACAAGACAAAUAAUUAUCUCCUGUGGAGAAAAAAAUUAUGUUUAGUUCUUUAAAGAUGUAACUGUG